AUGACGAUGAUCAGUCUUUUCGAUCAACUAUCUGAUUUAGUAUUAAUCGAAAUAUUUUCUUAUCUAUCUUGUGCUGAUGCUCUCUGGUCAUUUUCUAGUCUCAACUCUCGUCUGAUAACAUUGUUAACAGAACGAGGUUUUUAUCGCCAUGUUAAUUUAUCAUCUACUGGAAGAAAACGCUUCGCUGCAAUUUUUUCUAUACUUCGAUUAAAUGAGAUACAAUCACUUGUCAUUGAUCGUUGUACAUCACCUCUUCAACUAAAAAGAUGGCCUCAUUUACCACAUUUAACAACAUUAAGAUUACAAGGUGUACGCAACUUUAGAGAAGUUUUUAUAUUGAUAAGAAAACAUGCAAAUACGUUGAUUCAUCUUACAGUCGAAUCAAGUCGUUAUUUUUAUGCAGGUGGCAUGACAAGAGAAGUGGCUUAUCCAAUAUGGCGCUUAUGUGAAUUUCUCGAGAAAACUCUUUGUCGUCUGCCUACUCUUCAAUCGAUUGAUUUAGGAAUGGAUACAUCUUUUUGUUUACAUAAAUGGCCUUUCAAAAUGAUACAAGCACCCUUAAUCUAUCUGAAAAUUUCGCUCGGUCGGACAUAUCUUUUGAUUGAUAUAUUGUCAACGAAACCGUUGUCAUCUACAUUGCAACAACUACAUAUAAAAAUAUUAGAUUUUUGUGGUGAUAUAGACUUUUCUUUACGUAAAAAAGAUUUUUUACCUCGAAUGGAAUCUUUACAUACGUUUACCUUUGUUAAAUCACUCAAAUGGCAUUCAAGUGAAGAAUGGACAUUUGUUAAUGUAUUGACAACUUCUAAAGUUAUGCCUGUUUUACGACGAAUGAAUUUUUCUAUUGUUAUUGAUGUUAAUAAUCUGAAUCAAAUGGCUCAUUCAGCUCUCUUUCAUGACGAUCGUCAUAUAGAUGUUCAUUAUGUUUUUAUGAUUAAUGAUAACCGACAACAUUUUGAACUUAGUCAAUAUGUACCACAUGGUAGUUUGUCUCAUCCUCGUCAAAUAGCCAGUGCAACAUUUAUUUCUGAAUGUUGGACUGUUGAUCCAAAGAUCAGAAAUCAUGAUGAAAUUUAUUUGGAGAAACCUAGAAAUCGACAACAUCUAUUUUAUACUUUGCCGUGGAUUUUUGAUGAAUUUUUUCAAUUAUGUGUUCCAGAUAGAUAUAUUAGUGAAUUACAAGUUUUUACAUCGGCUUCUUCAGCUAAUACAGUUGGUCCUUCUCGUCUUCGUAAACUCAAUAUAUCAAAUGAUCAUCCAUCAUUGGCUACUUCUUUCCCUCAUAUAAUAUCCUCGAAUCAAGUAGUUGAACUUCAUUUAUCACGAUGUGAUAGACAAACAUCUGUAACUUUACCGACUUUUGAUUAUCUUAUUAUUACAGACAGUCUUGAUUCAUUGAAUAGUAAUUUUUUUUCAAGAAAUAUUCGAUCUAUUGAAAUUACUCUUAAUCAUGAACAUCUUCAUCUUGCAAGAAACGAUUGGAAUGAUUUGCCGACUCUUUCUACUUUACCGUUCUUGAAGUCUUUACGUAUACUUUUAUAUGGUAUGAAUAUUCCACCAAAUGAUACAAGUUGUCAAAUCAUUGCAGAAACAGCAUCAAAGAUCUCUGAUUUUUGCUUUUGUUUUCGACGUAAAGAUUAUCAAAACCGUCGUAACUUUGAUGCGGCACAUAUUCAACAGUCUUUAUUCAUUAAACAACUACAGAAUAACAUUCUUGCUUUACCACUGAAUGAAAAACCGCAGAUUGUUGUUGAGAAGGAUGGUUAUGGACUUAUUGCAUGGUUUUGA